UGACUCUCACACUCGCGCCGACAGGCGAGUCAGAUAAGGAAGAGAGGCUCUCCCAUUUCGGAAGCCGGCUUGCACAAUCAGAACGGUUGAGGGCGGACCCCGGCACCUUGGUUUGGGGUAUUUUCAGCCCCACUCCCCAGCCCCUGGCAAUGGUGAUGCAGGGACAGGAGCCAGAAGCGCGCGGAAGCUCCCGGCCUUAGCGAGGAAAGGCGCUAAGAAACUACAGUGACACUGAAACCGAAGGAGAGAUUUUUAAUUCCUUAGUGCAAUACUUUGGUAAUAAUUUGGGGCAAAAAGUUAAAGCUAUGCCAUUAGUUGAAGAAACUUCUUUACUUGAAGAUUCAUCAGUGACUUUGCCUGUGGUAGUAAUAGGAAAUGGACCCUCAGGAAUCUGCCUUUCUUACAUGUUAUCAGGCUAUAGACCAUACUUAUCAUCAGAAGCGGUACAUCCAAACACGAUCUUACAUAGUAAAUUAGAAGAAGGAAGACACCUUUCCAUUGUUGAUCAGGACUUAGAAUAUCUAUCUGAGGGCCUUGAGGGCCGAUCGUCCAACCCCGUUGCGGUACUUUUCGACACGCUUCUUCAUCCAGAUGCUGACUUCGGGUAUGAUUAUCCAUCCGUUCUGCAUUGGAAAUUAGAACAGCAUCAUUACAUCCCUCACUUAGUUCUUGGUAAAGGUCCACCUGGUGGAGCUUGGCAUAAUAUGGAAGGUUCCAUGUUGACAAUCAGCUUUGGAAAUUGGAUGGAGCUACCUGGACUUAAGUUUAAAGAUUGGGUAUCUAGCAAACGAAGGAACCUGAAGGGCGAUCGAGUUAUGCCGGAGGAAAUAGCUCGCUACUAUAAACAUUACGUGAAAGUCAUGGGUCUGCAGAAGAACUUCAGAGAAAAUACUUACAUCACGUCUGUAUCAAGACUCUACAGAGACCAAGAGGAUGAUGGUGGACAGGACAGAAAUAUUUCGACGCAGCAUUUGCAGAUAGAGAACUCUAAACUUAUCAAGAGAAAUUGGGAAGUCCGAGGUUAUCAGCGAACAGCGGAUGGAUCCCACGUUCCCUUCUGUCUCUUUGCUGAGAAUGUAGCUCUGGCAACGGGAACACUGGAUUCUCCUGCCCAUCUGGAAGUUGAAGGGGAAGAUUUUCCUUUUGUGUUUCAUUCAAUGCCUGAAUUUGGAGCUGCUAUAAGCAAAGGGAAGCUGCGAGGCAGAGUGGACCCAGUGUUAAUCGUGGGCUCUGGGCUUACUGCAGCCGACGCAGUACUGUGUGCUUACAACAACAGUGUUCCCGUGAUCCAUGUAUUUCGCAGACGAGUAACUGACCCAAGCUUAAUUUUCAAACAGCUUCCCAAAAAGCUUUAUCCAGAAUACCAUAAAGUCUAUCAUAUGAUGUGUACUCAGUCAUAUUCUGCAGACUCCAAUCUUCUUUCUGAUUAUACCAGUUUUCCUGAGCACCACGUGCUUUCCUUUAAGUCGGACAUGAAAUGCAUUCUUCAAAGCAUCUCUGGAUUGAAGAAAAUAUUUAAGCUCUCUGCAGCAGUAGUACUGAUAGGUUCUCAUCCCAAUCUGUCUUUUCUGAAAGAGCAAGGGUGUUACCUGGGCCACAACUCAAGCCAGCCAAUCACAUGUAAGAGUAAUCCUGUGGAAAUAGAUGCAUAUACCUACGAAUGUGUUAAAGAGGCCAACCUUUUUGCAUUGGGUCCUUUGGUUGGAGACAACUUUGUUCGAUUUUUAAAGGGAGGGGCAUUGGGUGUUACACACUGUUUAGCUACAAGACAGAAGAAAAAACAUUUAUUUGUUGAAAGAGGAGGAGGAGAUGGGGUAGCUUAAAGUGAGUUGACAAGUAAUUUAUAUGGACAGUUUACCAAUCAAAGGUUUUUUAAUAGUGGUUUUGCAGUGUACUGGCUUGAAGUUUCUGGACUUGAAUGAACUGGAAGAGAGCCUCAAGCUAUCUAUAGUAACUAUUUUUUACAAUUACGAGAACUUGGCAUUCUGAUUUAUAUAGUAUCAAAAGUAUCACUGUCAGACAAAUAGAAACACUGCCAAUUUGGUAUACUUUAAGCGCUUACUUAACAAAAACGUUAUUUUCUUCCAAGACUUAUUUUUUGUGAUCAUUUGUGGUUAUGUUUGAUUCCAGAAUCUUACAGCUUUGAAUAAUCUAUAAAAUCCUAUAGUCCAUUAGGCCAGAAAUUGUCUUCACUAUGUACUAGGUCACCCUGCUGCUCAGAGGGUGGUCUAAAGACCAGCAUUAGCUUCCCUUGUAGCUUGUUAGAAAUGUGGACUCUCAGGCCCCACAACAGACUUCCUGAAUCAGCCCUCAAGGAAUACGAAUGCUCAUUUGAGGCACACUGGUCUAAAAGAAACUAAGUAUGCUGGGGGCAGGCAGGGUAGGAGGCAUUUAUAACUCAGGUUUAAUUUAUUUUGAAUUAUCAAUUCUAUAAAUCUAAUUUAUUACAAAUAUGGUAUUUUGAAAAUAUUUUUAUUGUAACCUUGGUAAGUACUUCAUAUUCUUAGCUUCUAAUAAUUUAAACAGUCCAAUAAUGUUGGCAUACACUUAGACAUUCAGGAACCUGCCAAAAUAUUUUUGGAGAUAUUCUCUAACAUAACCAUCUAAUUUGCAAUUCAAUAAAUUGUGAAUGAAACUACUUA